AUGACGACGGACUCUACAUCAUUAGUGGCCGCGACCGCCAGGUUUCCUCCAACAUUUAACUGCUACGGCCAGUGGAAAUGGAAGCAGCUGUACUUCCUCGGGCCAAAAUCCUUCGGCUACUCCAGCGACGGCAAAGAGGUUGUUGCUGUUCUGGCACGUAGCACAUCGUGGAGCAUGACCAAGACUUAUAAGUUUGCAUUCUUGGGCACCGGGCUGACGGGAACGCUCAGCGAGGACUGGGAGACAGCGGCUUGCGGCAAGCGCAGCGUCAGCUGGAGCAACUGCGGCUGUCGUCAGCUGAAGUGGACGGGCUACUUAUGUGAAGCCUAUGUUUUAAUAAUACUUUUGAACCUGAAGACUGUUAUAGGCAAUGGGCCAAAUUGGUUGGAGUUCAACACUUCUGCCCGGAAUUGGUCUUUACAUUAA